AUGAAAGCCCCCGUCUAUCAAGGGAAACAGAUGCGAGCUGCAGAACCGCCCAAUACCGACUAUCCAGUCACCAACCGACGCCGUAGUCAAGCUGAUGAGACGGCCAAUCUCAUGGACAAGGGGGCCAUCAAAAAGCUGGAUACACUAUCAAGAGAUCAUGGACUAGACUCAGCUACUGGGGCUGUCGGGUACCCCGGGACAUUCGGGCUGUUCCAGAGGCUUCUUGCUCCAGGAGGAUCGAUUACGAACGUGGGCGUACACGGGCAACCGGCUCAGCUGGCCUUGGAUGGAAUUUGGGAUCCUAACAUUAGUGAGUAG